UAUUGAUUCCUUCUUCAUCAUCUCCCAUCACAUCCCAUCAUGACCGCUCUUUACUCUGGAACACUUGCCGAAGACUAUCAGCAGAUUGAAGUCCUGCCACAGGACAUUAUCUUCAAGCUCGCUGAACGGUUCGCUGCCGACAAGUUCCCCAAAAAGGUCACUCUCGGCCCAGGCACAUACCGCAACGGCGACGGCGUCCCCUGGCCCCUCCCUAUCGUUCAAACCGCUGUCACCAAGCUCGUCACUAACCCCUCCUAUAACCACGAAUACCUCACUAUCCGUGGCGAUGCCGGUUUCCUCUCUGGCGCUGCCAAGCUCAUUGUCGGGGAUGAAGUCGCUGCUUCAGGCAGGAUUGCCAGUCUGCAGACAUGCGGAGGUACCGGAGCUUGCCAUAUGGGUGCUUUGCAUCUGAUGGCGUUCUUGGAAAAGGGCACGCCAGUCUACAUCUCUGACCCUACCUGGGACAACCACCACGCGGUCUUCAGGCAUGUCGGCUUUGAAACUGUCAAGUACCCUUACUACGACCCGGUUACUCGAGGACUCGACUUCGAGGCCUUCUUGAAGACGGUGGAGGGUGCGCCGGAGAAGAGUAUCUUUGUGCUCCAUGCGGUGGGACACAACCCCACAGGGUGCGACCCCUCCGACGAGCAGUGGACAAAGCUGGCGCAGGUGUUCAAAGCCAGAAAACACUUUGCCUUCUUUGACUGUGCCUACCAAGGGUUCGUCAGUGGCUCUUUCGAGGACGACAGGCAGAGCAUCACCAUCUUCAACGCCCACAACAUCCCCAUGGUCAUCGCCCAAUCUCUCUCCAAGAACGCCGGGCUGUACGGCGAGCGUCUUGGUGCCAUCCAUGUCCUCUGUGAAAGCGCGGACGAUGCCGUCCGAGUCACCGAGCAACUCAAGACUGACAACAGGAAAGAGAUCUCUACUCCUCCCAAGUUUGGAGCUGCCAUCAUGGACAUCAUCUUCUCGGACCCCGCUCUUAUGGCCCAAUGGAAGGUUGAAGUCAAAAUCAUGGCCGACCGUAUGAACGAGAUGCGUAUCAAGUUGCUCGAUCUGCUCAAGUCAAAGGGUACGCCAGGGGACUGGUCGCAUAUCGUCAAGCAGAGGGGCAUGUUCUCGUACACCGGUCUGACAGCAGAGCGAUGCGAGACUUUGACAGACAAGUUUCAUAUCUACGUUCCUCCCUCUGGACGUAUAAGUGUGGCGGGGUUGAACGACGGGAAUGUCGAGUAUGUGGCUGAGAGUAUCGACAAGGUCGUUCGAGGUGAAGUCUGAGGGUAUAUGCAUGGGCACAAACGUACAUAAUGAG